AACCGUGGAAAGUUUGUGAAGCAUUCUACAGAAUAAGGACGAAAAGUACACGAUGGCCGACGUGCUUGACAUCUACAACCACGAGGAGUUUGAGGUGGACGAAGACGGCGAUCAGGGAAUCGCCCGGCUGAAGGAGAAGGCCCGCAAGCGAAAAGGACGCGGUUUCGGCAACGAAAGCAUCCCCCGUGAAACGAUCGACUACGAGCGGCUACAGGAAGAUGAGGAGGAAGCCGAACCAGGCCCGCAGCGCUCCGUCGAGGGAUGGAUUUUGUUCGUAACGUCGAUCCACGAGGAAGCUCAGGAGGACGACAUACAGGAAAAGUUCUGCGAGUUUGGCGACAUCAAGAACAUCCACCUUAACCUCGACCGCCGAACCGGCUUCCUUAAAGGAUACGCGUUGGUGGAGUACGAAACAUACAAACAAGCGUUGGCGGCCAAAGAUGCCUUGAACGGCUCGGAAGUCCUGGGUCAAACCAUCGCCGUCGAUUGGUGCUUCGUAAAAGGACCUAAGAAACUUAAAAAAUCCAGCGACAGACGCCGUCGAUAGAACGCGGGAGACUACGGACACCUAUGGAACGUAAAAUAUCUGCAAACUCAUAAGUAGCUUACGUCUGUAUGAGCGAGUACUCAAUGAGCUUGAGUCGCGAGUCACGCUCCCAUCCCAAAAUAAUGCGCAUGUAAAAUUUAUACCGAAUAAA